AUGCCAUAUAUUAGUUAUAUUUUCCUUUUUUUUCAAUUGUCUACACAAAUCAAAUUUAGUAUUUCACAUGAAUUUCAAAAUGGAGCACAAUAUCCCGAUAUAAAAGUACAAAAUGCAAAUGUUAAUGAUGAAAUAUCUAAUGUAGAUGACAUAAUGAAAGAUGAUAGUGAAAUUGAUAGAAUAUUAUAUUAUUCAGAUAAUUUACCAUGCGACUCAAAUGAUUUUUCUAGUAAUAUACAGAAUACUACUUAUUCGGAAAAAACAACUCCUAAUUUACAUAAUUUAACUUUUAAUUCGCAAGAUACGAAUUCUAAUAUAAAAGAUGCAGUUUAUGAUUUACUUAAUAUAGUUUCAGAUGAGCCAAAUUUAAUUUUGGAUUCACAAGGUAUUAUUCCUGAUUUAAAAGAUGUAAUUUCUGAUUUACAAAAUACAUAUCCUAAUUUUCACAUUAUGACUCAUGAUUUACACGAUUUAAUUUUAGGUUCUUCAGAGAAAAAUCCUGAUUUUCACGUUAUAACUCACGAUUUACAAGAUUUAAUUUCAGAUUCUGAAACGAAAAAUCCUGAUUUUAACAUUAUGACUCAUGAUUUACAAGAUUUAAUUUCAGAUUAUGAAGAGAAAAAUCCUGAUUUUCACGUUAUGACUAUCGAUUUACAAGAUUUAAUUUCAGAUUCUGAAGCGAAAAAUCCUGAUCUUCAAAUGACUCAUGAUUUACAAGAUUUAAUUUCAGAUUCUCCAGAGAAAAAUCCUGAUUUUCGCAUGACUGGUAAUUUACAAGAUUUAAUUUCAGAUUCUGCAGAGAAAAAUCCUGAUUUUCAGGAUAUAAUUUCAGAUUCUGAAACUAAAAAUCCUGAUUUUAACAUUAUGACUCAUGACUUACAGGAUUUAAUUUCAAAUUCUGAAACUAAAAAUACUAAUUUUAACAUUAUGACUCAUGAUUUACAAGAUUUAAUUUCCGAUUUUACAGAGAAAAAUCCUGAUUUUCACCCUAUAACUCAUGAUUUACAAGAUUUAAUUUCAGAUACUUCAGAAAAAAAUCCUGAUUUUCAAAUGACUGAUAAUUUACAAGAUUUAAUUUCCGAUUUUGUAGAGAAAAAUCCUGAUUUUCACGUUAUGACUCACGAUUUACAAGAUUUAAUUUCAGAUUUUGCAGAGAAAAAUUCUGAUUUUCACAUGACUGAUAAUUUACAAGAUUUAAAUUCAGAUUCUGCAGAGAAAAAUCCUGAUUUUCAUGAUAUAAUUUCAGACUCUAAAACUAAAAAUCCUGAUUUUAACAUUAUGACUCAUGAUUUACAAGAUUUAAUUCCCGAUUUUACAGAGAAAAGUCCUGAUUUUCACGUUUUGACUCAUGACUUACAGGAUUUAAUUUCAGAUUCUGAAACUAAAAAUCCUGAUUUUAACAUUAUGACUCAUGAUUUACAAGAUUUAAUUUCAGAUUCUGUAGAGGAAAAUCCUGAUUUUCACGUUAUAACUCAUGAUUUACAAGAUUUAAUUUCAGAAUAUGAAGAGAAAGAUCCUGAUUUUCACAUGACUGAUAAUUU